AGUCUUGUCACAGAAGUGAGGGGCGCCUUUCCGCUGCUCUGGCGCUCUGGGAUUUACUCUCCGUUUCUCCUAGAAAACUUACCAAACUAACGACUCUGCCUUUUUACCCGCUUCUUCACCUCCUCUGAGUCCUUCCGGGGAGACUGUGGCGUUUGUUUUAUUCACACUGGAGGAAGGAAGGAGACAAUAAGAUACGCUGACAGCUGCUGUCUUCACCCUCCUGCAUCAACCUGCUGCACUUACCUGCACAGUGGAUCAUCGUUUGAAGAACAAGGAAGUUUGUCUGAAGACUGAAGCGAAUCUUAAAACGAGGUUUCAACCACCCCAUCUUCAAAAUCCUCACCUCCUAGACCCGCCCUGCUGCGGUCACCUUCUGAGAGAAGUAGGAGGAGCUAAAGAUCGGUGGAUUAGUGCAUCAUUGGACGUGACGAAGCCUGUCUGUGGGAGGUGAAUCCAGUGUGGGCCAUGUGUUUCUGCUGAGGUCUCAUCUUCUGCCAAAAUGAGGCUGACGCCCGGCUCGCCUCCGCCCGUGCUGCCAGCCGUCCUGGCUCUCACUUUAGCCGCCUUCUUACCUCAGCUGUCCUCAGGAGCCACGCCGUUCCCCCAAGACCUGGAACCUAUCAGCAUCGUGGGCAGGGAAUCCUCCUACCUCUACCCGAGCUUCCAGGGGCUCAUGUCAGACAAUGACACUGUACGUCUGGGUUUGGACUUCCAGAGGAUGCUGAGGAUCAACCACAUGCUCUACAUCGCUGCUCGGGACCAUGUGUUCGCUGUCAAUCUCACCUCCUCAUCUGAGCAGAUAAUCCCACAGCAGAAACUGACUUGGAAGACGAAGGAUGUGGAGAAGUGCACAGUGAGAGGGAAAAACAGCGAUGAAUGUUACAACUAUAUCAAAGUCCUGGUGCCACGCAAUGAUGAGACUCUUUUCGCCUGUGGCACCAACGCCUUCAACCCCACCUGCCGUAACUAUAAGAUGUCCACGUUGGAGCAGGAGGGGGAGGAGGUGGUGGGACAGGCUCGGUGUCCCUUUGAGUCGCGCCAAUCCAACGUGGGCCUUUUCGCAGGUGGUGAUUUCUACUCAGCCACCAUGACGGACUUCUUGGCGAGUGACGCAGUGAUUUAUAGGAGUCUGGGAGAAAGCAGCCCUGUUCUGCGUACGGUCAAGUAUGACUCCAAAUGGCUGCGAGAGCCCCAUUUCCUCCACGCCAUUGAGUACGGGAACUACGUGUACUUCUUCUUCAGUGAGAUCGCAGUGGAGUACACCACUCUUGGCAAGGUGGUUUUCUCCAGAGUGGCACGCGUUUGUAAAAACGACAACGGCGGUUCACCGAGGGUUCUCGAACGUUACUGGACGUCGUUUCUCAAAGCUCGGCUGAACUGCUCGGUCCCAGGCGACUCCUUCUUUUACUUUGAUGUUCUGCAGUCGCUGACAAACGUGCUGCAGAUCAACCACAGGCCGGCCGUGCUUGGAGUCUUCACCACACAGGCAAACAGCAUCACCGGCUCGGCGGUGUGCGCCUUCUACAUGGACGACAUCGAGAAGGCGUUCAGUGGAAAGUUUAAAGAGCAGAAGAACAGCGAGUCUGCCUGGACACCUGUUCUGGAGGAGCAGGUCCCUAAGCCGAGGCCGGGAUGCUGCGCCGGUGAGGGAUCAGCGGCUGCCUACAAGUCGUCCACAACUUUUCCAGACGAAACCCUAACUUUCAUCAAGUCCUACCCACUCAUGGACGAGUCCGUCCCCUCGGUCAACGACAGACCCUACUUCACCCGCACCACCAGCAGAUUCAAGUUGACCCAGAUCGCCGUGGACACGUCUGCAGGUCCGUAUAAGAACUACACCGUGGUCUUUCUGGGCUCCGAUAACGGCCAUGUGCUGAAGAUCCUGGCCAGCACCGAGGGGGCCAACGCAUCCUUCAACACUCAAGUCCUGGAGGAUAUCGACGUCUACAACCCCAACAAAUGCAACGUGCGCGGGGAGGACAGGAGGGUGCUGGGCCUGGAGUUGGAUAGGGACCAUCAUGCAUUGUUCGUGGCGUUCUCCGGCUGUGUGAUCCGUGUGCCGCUGAGCCGCUGCUCUGACUACAGCUCCUGCAAGAAGAGCUGUUUGUCCUCACGAGACCCUUACUGCAUUUGGAUCAAGUCGGGAACUUGUGCAACUGUCUUACCCGGCUUCAAAGGCGGGUUCGAACAGGAUGUGGAGAACGGUUACCAUCAGCACCCUGAUACCUGCCACGAUGUCCUGGCUACCACUCGCAGGCAGAACACGGCGCUUGACUCAGCGUAUGGAAAGACCACACCCACAAGCGCCAGCACAACCUUUCAUGGGGCGGCAUUCCCAAAGGAGGCAGGUGACCCUGAAAGAGGUACAGGUCCUGAUGGCCCUCCCUCCGUGGGGGAACAAGGGUCACCUGACUCGGAGCCAAUCAGUGUGGAGAUGGAGGGUGUGAGGCGACCACCAGAUCUGGAGAAGACCAAUCACAGUGUCCAUUAUACUCUCCUGAUUGCUUGUGUCUUAGUGGCCUUCGUCCUUGGUGCCUUUCUGUCUGGCUUCCUGGUUUCCUGCUACUGCAACCACACAGGACACAAGACCAAGAAGUUAUCAAAGGAUCCUGAGGCCCCAAUCCCACACGCCCUGUCCCUCCGCAGCCUGGCCAAGCUCAAUGGCCUCCUGGACAGCCAGGGCAAAGACGACAAGAUGGAGGUGUCAUCUCCGAAGAUCUACAACUCUUUCUUUGCAAACAGCAAGGAGCAUCACCCACCAAGGAGAAACGGCCAUCAUGGAAUGACGAUGGGUGACCUGGUCCACCAGCACCACCACCAUCUCCACCAUUCCUCAGAGCUGUCUGGUCUGCCUACACCAGACUCGACCCCAGAGCUACCCAUAAAGAGCAUGAAAGCUUUCAAGAACCAGUGGGAGAAGAACCAGAAUUGUAACAACGCCAAGGAGCCAAAGACCCACAACAUAGUAUCCAGGCCCAGCUCUGCCUUGCUUCACCAGCAGAUCUAUCCAUACUCACAUGGCCUGUCCAAUGGUCAGCCACUCAGUCACCUUCAUCCAGAAGAACGCAAAAUCCACAAUGUUGAACGUGUGUUAUCUCAGCAACCUUAUCCUGGUUACUCUCAGAAGGUGAUGGAGGUAACCUCACUGGAUGAGCUCCUGAAGCACAUACAUGAGGCGAGCAGCAGCAAGAACUCCCAGUUAAUGAGCCCAUCAGGUCUGAUGGCCAGCGGAGGUCAACUAGCAUUUGCCAAUCGCAUCCAACCUCAGAUUCCUGAGACAGAAUCAGCUCCCUACUACAGCUCAUCCACCUUACCCAGAGACAGCCUCACCCGACGCAUGGAUGUUCCUCCAGACAUCCCCCCGCACCACCAGUCUACCCUGGAGAGGAGGCACUCGUCCCAGAGGCACUCCCUGAUUGCUGCUGCCACCAAGAUGCCCAACGGAAGUGCAGGAGGAGGGGGAGGCAUGAUCCCUCGCCAACACAGCUUCAGCCAACGAAAUGGUGGGCCACACCAACCGCCUCCUCUUCUGGCACGGAUGAACUCAACAGGCAGCGCCUGCGAGGUUCACUACCCCCUCAUCCCCAAUGGAUACCUGACACGCCAGCACAGCUACAAUGGGGAGCAGCAAGAGGUCCAACACAGGGGCGCUAUCGUCCGCCGGGCCUCCUCUCUCAAACCUGACGUCCCUCCCAAGCCCUUGUUCAUACCUGCCACAUCCCCAGUUAACCAACAGGGAAAGUUCAACUACUGAGGAGGAACACUCCAGGACUAGAGAGGGAGUGUCCCUCAUUGUGUCUUCUUUAAGGAACUUCCCUUCGGAGACACGUAUUGGGUUCGAGGAUGUAGACCUCCCCAAGAGAACACUACCAAGUGAGUGGCAGCCAGUGUCACUGUGGACAAAAGCCUCAACCAAACUUGUUUUCCCUCUUCUUUUUUGUCCAACGAAUAUCUUUGUACCAUAUUGGUAUUUGCUCAGCUACUUGCUUAUUAUAGAACUGUUGACUUGGGUGACGUGAAGCCACCUCCUUAUUUUAGGCUGCCAAUGUCCUCAGUGUGGAUUUACAAUGCAACUUAGUUUUUGGACGCAUUGAUGAUGGAAGAACUUUACACAUCAGUCAUCUUGAAGACUUUAAAACCAGAGGCUCCUGCAAUGCUUAGAUUCAUGCUUUUGCUUAACCUUUUUCUGAUGUAGUGUUGGUAACCAGUCCCCACCCGCCCCACCCUCGAAUGUGUUUAUAUUAUGCAUGUGUGUGUAUAUAUAUGUGUGUUUAUAUCCACACCGUAUAUGUAUACAUAUACAUAUGCAGUAUAUGUAACCUGUGGUGAAAAGUCAGCAAAUUCCCCUGAAAGUAGUUAUGUCUUUGCCUUACUAUACUCUUUCAUCUUUGGGCAUAUCAAACGAUCCCCCUUAACACCUUGAGGAGUAUCUUAGGGUCACCAAAUCAUGCACUUCAUCAAUUAAUGCUCAUUGUCAGUUGACUAAAAACAGUGAACCAAAUUUGUCCAAGUUAUCAAGAGAAAGAAAAUACUUCAACAAAGCAGCUACCCUAGUCUUCUCUUCUUUUUUUUUUCUCUCCGUCCCAGCAGAUGUCAGGUCAAUAAAGACACAGUCCACGCGGGUCCAUUUCAGUUCCUUGAGAAUGUUUCUCUAAGAUUGGUGCUCUACAAAUCUAGUGGGUCGAACAUCCUUAGUCAUAGAAAGAAAAAAAAAACGGUAUUCUCAUAAAUAUUUUGGACCCAAAGAGGAUUAAUGCCAUGCCGCCUGGCAUCAUGAGAAUGAACAAAAAAUAUAGAAAAGACAGCAGUUAUUAUAAUUAUUAACUAUGUGGCUAUUGGGUGUAAAUAAAGGAAUAAUUACUAGCCAAAUUUUAACUGUAUGUGUAAAUGUGUGCCUUAUUUAAUAAUAGUGUGUGACAUGGGGGUAGGGGUAAAUGCAAGGGGCUCAGAUGGCUACUAUGCUACAGUAUAUUGUAGGUGUUUAAUUUUCUAUGGUUGUCAGUGUGUCAUACAGUAUCUAUUGUACAUUUGAAGAGUUUCAUUCCAGAAUAAGAUAUUUGUCAUUUUGAACACUUGUUCUGAUAAACUGAUAACCGCUAUUAUGAUUGUAACACUCUUUAAUUAAUUCUAUUUUCUUGUAUCUUGAGCAUAUUGAGCCUUUUUAUUUUACAAAGUCAAACCGAACCAUCUGUCCUUUUUGAAAAAGAAUCAACACAAAGAUAUUGUUUCCAGAUAGAUACAGUGUUUUGGAAUGAAACCCUUCAUUUCUUUUUGAUUGUUUUUUUCUUUUCCCAAAACUGUGAGCCUGCAGAUUUUUUUUGAGGAGUGUUGGGCAACUCAAGUAUGCUCAGCCUGAGACUGCAGACAUUCAGGUUUGUCGCCUCCAUGUUAUGUCACUUUCCACUGGGUGUCACUUUCCCCCUCUAGGUGCCAAUAUUGACUGUUUUUUAUUAGUAGUAGCGCUAGCAUCUCUUUGGGUUACUUAAGAAGUAGUUCACAGUUCCUCUUAAGUUAUCACCUGCAGACCAGCAGUCAUUGUAGAAGUCCACGAGGGAUGGAUGUUGGACUUUGCUGCAACUCAAGCUCAUGCUUUUUGUUAUCUGUAGAGGAAAUUUAAGAGAAAAACAUGUUUCCCAAUUUCUGUUCUAUUUGUAAGUUGGAGAAAAUAGCAGCAUGAAGUCAUGGACCUUGACCAUUGGCUUGUAUGAGAGGUGGGUGUAAAAUGAAGCUUAUAUGAAGAGGUGUAAAACCUGCAUUUUGUUCCAGCACAGCAGGGGGUGAGUGUGGGAGCAAAUUAUAAAAAUGACCCAUCACCUGAGUAAUUUUAUCACUCUGGUAACAGCUUCCAGAAGAGUUCAGGGCCUCCAUAAUUAGUUAUAAGUGUUACUCAACACACAUGAUGCUGAUUUAGUAAUCUAUGGUCCCAAUUAAAGUAGAAGAGUCAAGGCUUUCCAAUCAGAAUGGCUUCCACCCUUCUCAUACAACGUCUCUGAUUGGACUUCUACAAUGAUUGCUCUGUAGAUGUUAACUUACCUGUGUCACCAGGUGUGAACAAACAUAGGAAGUAAAUAAAUAGGAUUGGAGAUUUCUGUUAAGGGUGUGUGAAACAUGAAGAAGUGCAAUGAACUCUGAUGAAGCGAGAUGAGAUUCUCUCCUACAUCAAUCCACUCGCCGAACCAGGUUCUCUCCACGCCACCCAACAUCUGUUGAGUAUUUCCCUCUGUGUGAAACUUUUCAGCAGAGUCACUUUGGCCACGGUUGACUGAAACCGCGAUCAAUUCUGUGACAGCAGCACUACGCUAUUUACUGUAUUUGAAAGUGGUGUUUCAUAUUGAUUGAAAUUUCCCAUCACUGCGUUGACCCCUUUAUAAAGUUUACUGUUCAAACUCCAGCUCUGGUAAAUAAAAGAAAAUACAGCCGGCCGCGACGUUUCUUAUGGAAAGAAAGUAAUUUGGAUUUUAACAAGCAGCCGAGCGUUAAAUAGCUUUUGAGCUACAAAUAUAAAACAUCCAACUUGAUUAAAGGUCGUGACCGUAAUGUUUCAUAAGAGGAAUUGUGGCAGCUACAGUGUUUGAGUGGAAGUGUGUUUUUUUAUUUUUUUAAUCUGCCGGUGACAGAUUGUAUUGGAGCGGAGCGGUCUGGCCUCUAACAGCUCUAUCAGUAUUUGAUUUGGUGUAAAUACAUUCUAUCUGGGCGGGGUCUCAUUGAAUCAGUGUUAUGUUUAUUUUUUCUUUUCUGUUUGAUUUCCAGGCGUCGCCUCUUCAAUUACUAUGAAUUUGGUCUCACAGAAAUACCAUUGUAUGUCUCUUAUACUAGGAAUAAAAUGACAAUAUGAUG